AUGGCCAAUUGGGGUGCACUUCCUAUGGAAGUAAAGACGAUGAUCGUCAAAGAGUUCGCAAUUCGCACCCCUGAAGAGCUCGUCGACCUCUGUGAAGCCGACAAAGAGAUGAAAUUCCUCACAGACGUUCAUUUCGGAGCUUUCUACUUCGAAAAGAUUGCCCUGUUCAACUCAGAGUAUGCUGUCAAGGAGUUGAUGGACAUGGUCGGGAGUCCCGCCAUCGGCCCCUGCAUUCGCCAUAUCGUGCUCAGCGCCCUCCGACUCGAGCCCGACGGCUGUUUCCAAUGGGUGAAGAGACUUCCAGUCAAUGAGCGUCACAGCGUCGAAACUGGUACUAGUAUCUACGAUGACCUAACGGCUGUCUUUGCGAACCUUAAGGAGUACAAGCAACCCAUCACUAUUGGCAUAACCGACGAGUUCAGCGACGAGAACUACAACAUGCUCGGCUUCAGCAAGAAGCUGGACGGUACUGACUGUGGAGAUUUCGAGACCUAUAACGUCACAGCUGAUGAAGUUGAUGCGUUCGACACUAUUACUGGUGCCGCCGAAGAAGCUGGCUGCCAGAUCCAAGGUCUUGAGGUCAAGCUGUACCCACGUCGCAACUGCUCGAAGAUCGAACUGGCCUGGGGCUACUACGACUUUCCGAUGACACUCGCACGCUAUCUCAGUCCCAACAAAAACAUCAACGUGCACAUCGAGACACAAAUUGGCAAAAAGUCACAGAAGGCCAUCAACGUCGCUUACGACAAGAAAAAUCGUCGUCUGUCCAUCAAGCACAGCAGAAUUCCUGUAGCCUAUGACACUUGGAUGCUUGAAUACUGGAUCGAGAAGAUAGACAUCAAGCAAGACUCGAGUCACUGGUCAACCCUUCACGUCGACGGUAUCAACAAGAUCGAAUCAAACAACUGCAACUUCCUCUCCGAUCACAACCUCAAGGCCGUUCUCGAGUACAUCUCAACCAUCACCACACUCACAGAAUGCCUGAUCGUCAAGCCAAAGAUCUCCAGCGGCUCCAGCGUGUUCAUGGGAUUCUUCACAACGGACAGAAUCGACGGAAGCAUCAGCUUCACGGGUGACGUGGCCAAGCAAGUCACAGAAAAGCUACAGUCCUGGGAAAGCUUGGACAUCCAGGUCGACGACGAAGCAGAUGAAGAACCGGAGAAUGAAGACAGUGAUGAGGGAGAAGACACAGAGGAGGAGCAGUUUGAGGAUGAGGAUGACGAGGUUGAAGAAGGGUCGGAGGAGUCAGAAGAAGAGUUUGAGGAGUCAGAAGAAGAGUUUGAGGAGAAAGAAGACAGCAAAGAUGGAGAUUACGAAGAGAGUGGCGAGGAUGACGACGAGGAUGAGGAUUGA